CCAUUGGCGUUUGCUACGGAAUGAAAGGCGACAAUCUGCCACCCAGAGCUGAAGUUGUGGACCUGUUUAGAACAAAUAACCUUCAGAGAAUGAGACUUUAUGAUCCAGAUAAGCAAGCACUCGAGGCUCUUAGAGGCUCCGGCAUUGAAGUCAUGUUAGGCAUCCCAAACGAAGAACUUGAACACCUAGCGGAGCAGGAUUCUGCCUACGCAUCCAAUUGGGUCCAACAGAACGUAUUACAAUACAGCGCUGAUGUAAAAUUCAAGUAUAUCGCAGUUGGUAAUGAAGCUUGUCCCACCACCAAUGAUCUGAAAUUAGACUUUUGUCCUCACAUCCUCGGUGCCAUGCAGAACAUUUACAUGGAAGUUGAAAGAGCUGGUUUACAGGACCAAAUCAAGGUGUCAACUGCAGUUUAUUCAGCUGUUCUCAGUGAUACCUAUCCUCCAUCCAAUUCUGUUUUCAAUCCCUCUGUGCUGUCAUUCAUGCAGCAAAUAGUUGGAUUUCUAGUCCAGAAAAGGGCUCCACUGCUUGCUAAUGUCUACCCCUUCUUCGCUAAAUUGUAUGAUCAAAACAUCACACCUGAAUUUGCCUUGUUUACUUCCCCUUCUGCGGAUCAAUACGGUUACCAGAAUCUUUUUGAUGCCAUGGUAGACGGUUUCUACUAUGCUCUUGAGAAGGUGGAUGCGAGCUCUUUGGACGUUGUUGUUUCAGAAAGUGGUUGGCCAGAUGCACCUGACUCCAUUGCAACUACAGAAAAUGCGCAAACAUACUACUCAAACCUCAUUCAGCAUGUGAACUCGGGAAGUGGAACUCCCAAAAAACCAGGAAAGCCUAUUGAAACUUACUUGUUUGCCAUGUUCGAUGAGAAUCUCAAGGGUGGAGAUCCAAGGGAGAAACAUUUUGGGUUGUUCUUUCCAAAUAAACAGCCAAAGUAUCAGACCAAUUUUUCUUAAAGCAACAAACAAAUAUUGUGGUAAUAAUAAAUUGUAGUUUUUCUAUAUGUUUUAUUUAAGAUUAGUGAUGGAUGAGUGUAAUAAUUA